AUGCUCGAACUGCACGCAGAGAGUGUAGCGAGGGACGAGUCACGGCUGCUGGCAAGGGUCGAGAGAUUGGAACGAUUGAUCCUAACGAAGGACAACAAUGCUGGCCAGGCGGAUCUUGAACGUGGCAGUAGCACGGGUUUAUCGCCCAAGUACGAGGUCAACAAUUCCACCGAUGGCGAAGGCUUACUCACCGCUCUUUUCAACGCCGACUUGAAUGGCCCGUCAAAAUUUGUCAAAGGCCAACCAAUCGCUGUGCAUAGCCUCUCCGAGAUCCUCACUAUGCUCAAUAGUGGACAUGAUGCAAACCAUGGAUGGGGCGAGUCUACUCUCCUGGUGCCACCAUAUCAGGUGUCUCUCCAGCUGCUUCGACUCUUCGAACUGUACAUUGAUCCCAUCUGCUGCAUCACACAUCCGCAGACCACGAGGGCGGAACUGGACACUUUCUAUAUUGGCAUUGCGAAGUAUGAGGAAACUGAAACGCAACACACUGCCAUGAUGCUCUCUACAAUGUCCUUGAGCAUAUUCUUUUGCCGGCCAAUGGACCUUCUGAAAUGGGGCAUCUCCGAGACGGACAAUAUCAAGAUAGCAUCCUACAUGCAUGACGCCGCCAGCAAUUUAUUGGAACAAACAAUCCGAUCUAGUCGGAUCAAUCUUUGCGCCGCACAGGCUGCAAUCUUGAUGUCGUACUUCAUUUACCAUCGCGAUGGUCCUUCGUCGCGAUAUCGACAUCUUCUAUCGACAGCUACUUUUAUCGCUAGUGAGCUAUGUCUACCGAGCAUGGACGGUAGUGAUUCGUACAGCAAUGUUAGCAAACAUCAAGACGACGCUGUGACGAAGGAGCUCAAGCGGCGAGUGUUCUGGCAUCUGGCAUCCAUAGAAGGGCUCAACUACGCUUCUUUCCCAUCAAACACAGCCACAAUCAUGGACUUUGAGCAUACACCUAUGCGAUGGCCGAGCGACUUCUCCGACAGCGGUCGCAUCUCCAACCACAAAGACGGCAAUGAUGUUCUACAGCGACCAACAGCGGUCACGUAUCUUCUAGCCAGGAUGAAGCUGGCUGCAAUAUCUCGUCGAGCGGCUAUCCCCACUCGAGGUCAUUCUCACAAUGUCAACCAGGAUUCUUAUGACCAAAUCCUCGCCCUGGACAGGGAGUUCGAGCGAUUCUUGAAUGACCUUCCCUACUUCUUCCGUCUCGACCAGGAAAGCUGCCAGCAGAGCGAGGCCCUCGAGCCGGUGUUCAGUUUACUCCCCAUCAUGAGAUACUCUAUACCGACCGCGGCUCAUAGCCGGCGCCUGAAGCUCCACCAAACUUUUCUUUUACGGCAAGCGGCGGACGAAAGGUACCAAGACAGCAGAUGA